UGGCUAACGGUCGCUAUCUGUUCGUUAGCUAAUUAACGGACGUUAUCAGAGGUAGAAACUGCCAAGUGAGUCGGGGUAAUCGAUGUCGGACAAUCCCGCGAAGCCUUUAUACAUUUAAAGCUUAUUAGGAAGCAAACUUUAGUUAGUUCGUGGUGUAAUUUGCUGUCUUACAUUAAACGUUGGGCUAGGACUACUCUUGCUAGCUGUCCGUGUCCUGUUCCCAGUCCGGUGUCGUGUUAGGUUUCUUACUUUCCAUCCUUUUAGGAUGCCAGCUUGCAAGGGGAUAGAUGGCUUCGCUAAAAUAUUUACAGGUCAUUUCUCCUUUUAUUUUACACGCAGUUGAGAGUUAGUUUCUGGUCUAUGAGAAACGAAACAGAUGCGUACGGGGAUGUGCAUCAUUUUGCACCGGACAACCGGCGGAUGGUGUUUCCAUCUUCGGUCAAAGAAGAGGACAUGAGGAUCCGCCCCACCCAGUCAAUACGGGUGUUCAAAGUAACCUUAGUCGAUAUUGUUUCCACGGCUACUUGGUGGAGGACACUCGGGGAUACUACGCAUCAACAACCAGCUGUCACGACUGUGUAGCUACCAUUAGCUGUCGGCUUAUUCUGAGGAGAUGUAACGUUGCUGAUGUUGACUAGCAGUGUAUAGGCCAGCCUCGCAUCCUGGUGUAAUAGUGGCAGCGUGCUAACUGUGUGGAGUUGAGGAGUCAUCAGUAACCAUCUUUAGAUACCAUGGGUGUGGAGUAAUGAGAGAGGAGGAGUGAAGGAGGCAGGAGUCCCAGUAGAGCAUUGGCAGACAAGUGGGAGGCCAGGGAAGGAUGCUGGAGGCAGAUGCAGACCCGGCAGGUCAAGCAGUGGAAGGAGAAGGGGAGGCAGAGAUGGGGAGCAGAGACUUGAACUCUGAGGUGGUGCGGCUCACUCUUGAGCUCCAGGAGGCCACAGAGGAGAAGCUACAGGCAGCCCGUUAUGGCCUGGUGGUGCUGGAGGAAAGUUCUGCUCUCAAGCAGAAACACAGGCAGCUGGAAGAGGAGCAUGAAGCCCUUAAAGCAGAACUACAGCAGCUCAAAGAGGCAUUUGCUGAUUCUGUGAGCAGCCAGAAACGUGCAGCUGCUGAUGGAGAGUGCCGGGAGGAGAAUUUGCUGCAGGAGACAGCCACUAAGGAGGCUGCCAUGGCAACCCGCAUUGAAGAAGUCCAGGCAGAGCUCAAGCAAUCACGCCUUGCUCUAAGCAAUGCCCAUGCAGAGAUCGAUAGACUUGGGGUGUUCACCACCCAGCUAAAGAAGGAGUGUGAAUGUCUGGAGGCAGAAAAGGGCCAUCUGAGGGAUGAGAUGAAGGAAUAUAAAGUACGUGAGUUGCGGCAGUUGCAGGACAAUGGCGAGCUAGAAGAUGAGAACAUAUCUCUGCAAAAACAAGUGUCCGUGCUCAAGGAAAACCAGGUUGAGUUUGAAUCGAUAAAGCUCGAGCUGACCCAGAAGAAUGAAGAGCAGGAGGAGCUGCGAGCUCAGCUGGACGAGGCAGCAAGGUUGAGAGAAAUAGCAGAGAGGCAGCUGGAUGAGGCCCUGGAAGCCCUGAAGGAGGAGAGGGAGCAGAAGAACAGUCUGCGUCGAGAACUCUCCGCCCUGACCCUUAACCCCUUUGAUUCUGUGGGUAACCUGGAGCUCCACUUGGAUCAGCUGGACGACAGCCAGGAGGAGGGCCAGGGGGGAGAGGGAGACGGUGAGGGUGAGGGUGAGGGAGAGGACCAGGACAGUGGCUUUAAUAAUGGUCCUGGCUCUGCUCCCAGUUCUGCUCACCCUCCUCACUUGGGGGGCUCCAAAAGUAAUGGCCUCAUCCAUCGCUACUCUACUCCACGCAACAGUGACGUGUUCCUGCGUGCUCCAGCCUCUGGGCUGGUGUCGGACCUGCUGAGUGAGCUACACUUUUCAGACAGUCAGAAACUAAAACAGCAACUCCUUCAGGCCGAACGAGAGAAGGGCAGUCUGGUUAGCAAGGUGGAGGAACUGCAAAUGCAGCUGGUAAUGUCUAAACAGGCACUCAGUCAGAAAGAGGACAAGGUUGGAUCUCUCACCCAGCAGCUGGAAGCUGUUCAGAGCAGCCAGCAGCACAACCAGGAGGCAGACGACAGGGGACAUGAUGAGACAGAGAAUGGAGAUGGUGGAAAUGCUGUCUUUGACUAUGAAGUAGACACCAAGAGCAAGGAGGUGCUGGAGGCACGCAUGCGUUCAGCCAGCGAAGAGCUUCUGAAGCUGCGGGAUGAACUCUCUCAGGCAGGAACUCGUUAUAUCACCCUAGAGCAGCGAUACAAGCAGGAGAAGGAUCGUUGGAGGGCAGAGGCCCAGGAGCUGGCUGACAAGAUCCGUCAAUGCAUCAAGUCCAGCAAGCAGGACCAGGAGCGCAUUAGUGAGCUGGAGAAGGAGAUUGGAGCAACACGAAAAGUGGCAAUUGAUUCAGAAGGGCACUUGAGUGUCGCCCAGGAAGAGCUGCUGGCUUUCUCUGAGGAGCUCUCCAACCUCUAUCACCACAUCUGCGUGUGCAACAAUCUGACACCCAAGCGAGUCACCCUAGACUACUACCGGGAUGGUGCCAGGACAAGUGGUGGAGGUGGUAGUGCACGGAGAUAUGUCUACCCCCAGCACAAUUCCCAGAAGAAGCCGCGAGCUAACGACAUGUUCGUCUCAAAAGCUUCAGCAUUGCAGUUUAUGGGGGAGGUGGACAGUGCAGGGGCCACCGGAGACUCUCCAAGCUGCCCAGGAUCCCCCACCCUGGAUUUCAGGGACCCUUCCAAUGUCCGCAACUUGGUAGCAGUCAUUCGUUGCCAGAUCAAACACCUUCGGGUGGCAGUGGACCUCUGUCGUCAGAGAGGCGCAAUGCCUUAUUCAGGGUUGAGCAGCAGCGGAGAGUCUGAGCGGGAUGCUGAAAGCCUCAUGGAAGAAGUACUAAAACUCAAGUCCCUUCUCAGCACCAAGAGAGAACAGAUUGCGACCCUUAGGACGGUCCUCAAGGCUAACAAGCAGACUGCAGAGUUGGCGCUGUCCAAUUUGAAAACCAAGUAUGAGACAGAGAAGAGCAUGGUGUCAGAGACCAUGAUGAAACUGCGGAAUGAGCUCAAAGCCUUGAAGGAGGACGCCGCCACUUUCUCUUCACUCCGAGUCAUGUUUGCCAGUCGGUGUGACCAGUAUGUCACCCAGUUGGAUGAGAUGCAGAGACAGCUGGCAGCAGCCGAGGAUGAGAAGAAGACACUGAAUUCUCUGCUGCGUAUGGCCAUACAGCAGAAACUGGCUCUUACUCAGCGUUUGGAGGACCUGGAGGCCCCUCUGUCUCCCCACAGCUUGAACAGCAGCCCCCGCCGCUCCCGGGCCAAAGAGCUGGCCACCAAGUCGGGCCGGGCUCCACGGAGCCCCCGAAGCAGUCCUGCACGCCCCCCACUGAGGAGCAGUCCACGGGCCAGCCCGGUUCUCGGCAGCAGCGUUCCAGCCAUGGCCACGCACCACCUGAGGAGUCUAACCCGAAGCCUCCACACGAGCCCUCGCUGAAACACUCCUUCCAUUACUCCAAACCCCCUUCUCUCCAUAAGGACCUGUCUUCAUGUUGACUCCCUGGCUCCCUCCUCCUUUCCUGACUCAAGACAUCCUGUCCAUCCCAGAUGCAACAUUCCCCACUCUACCCACCAGAACCCCAGAACCAUGGAUUUAAAAAAGUAAAAAAAAAAAAAGAAAAAAAAAUCUCUCAUCCCGCCCUCUUGGUUUUUCCUGCUUGGAGCGGAGAAACCUGCAUGCAGCCUGGAGAAGGAUGAAGAGAAAUGUGCUGCUCAUUGCUCUGUGAAGUCAUUGACUGUGUCUUGUCCCAAGUGGAUCCAAUUUCCAUCUGGUCUUGUUCAAGGCUGUUUGUUGUGGUGAACCAUUGACAGUAUUUAUUCCAGAAAGUCAGACCUUCCAUGUACAGUAUUUACUGUCCUCAGACUCUGAUUCAAGGCUAUGAUCUGUUUUAAGGCUGUAUGUCUCUACACUCUUGCCUUUUGUCUGGCACCCUGGUCAGGCCUGUCUGGCAUCUUUUAGUCGCUGUAAGCCAUUAGAUCAUCUGUGAUAGCUCUCCCAGGUAGUUGUUUUUAUAGAACAAUGCAGCCUUACUAACAGAACCCUAAAAGUAGAGAGCUUGCUAUUGUCUUGAGGUUUCUCCCUUUCUCUGGUGGCGCAGUCACAUGCCCUUUUUUAUCCUUUGAUGUGUCUGGCUCUUUGGCUUUUGCCAUCAGCCACACCCUUUAACUAUAGGUCAGAAAACAUGCCAUUUCAUUGAUGGCAAUAGAUUAGCCAUAAGUCCACCACCUCAGGUCAAACACCGAGUGAUCAGAUACAAGAUUUGGGAGAUCUUUAACGUGCAUCUUACUUUGCAAACUAUGCAGAUCAAGUCAGAACAGUGCCUGUAUACUUCUUGCUGUUCUUUAGGACUAGGGUGGGGUUUCGAAAUGUACCUUCACUUUCAGUUAACAGUGGUUGGCUUUUUUGCAACAGCCAUUUAGCAUCUCUCUCAACAAGCAGCUUUUGGAAGUCAUCUGGGGUGUUAAGUGGCACAUUUGCAAGUAUCCCAUUGGCUAACCUGUUUUUUUGGGCUGAGCUUUAAUCAACACUGUAUCACAUCACUCAAGAAUUAAAGUGGCUUGGUUUACCUAAAAUUGUUACUAACAUGUUGGGCCACACUCAUUUCACUUGAUUCUGUGGUCAUAAUAACAGUUCCCAUUCAGCCUCUGCUUUUUGUCACUCCUUUGAACCGCUAAGCAACAAUACUUAUGUUUUGUAUUUCAUCAUUCUAUGUCACCAUGCUUUUGUGUGUUACCAAAGUAAGCAUGUUGUAAUGAACUAGUUAUUACCCACAGCAAGCUAGUUUUCUUCUCCUGUGGGUACAGCAUCCUCUGUUUUCAGUUAUGAAUGCUAAUAGUACUAACAGGCUGCUGUUAGGGCUGCUGCUUGUAGAAGAAUUGAAAUAAAUAACAAUAUUGUCCCAUAAUUUUAACAUCUAGUACCACGUUAUGACUGAAACAAAGUAAAUAAAUUCUGCAAAACAAAAUAUUUCAGAGUGAGAUGUAACUCCAACAUGACAUUGCUUUGCUAGUCAGGGUUCUGAAAAGAAAAUACACAAAGAAAAAAGAUGUGUACGUAUCUGUUGAUACCCCAAAGGGGGUUGCUUAUAGAAUGGCUCUGCCCUGGCUCUGCCCUGGCUCUGAUAUGUUAACAUUGGCAUUGUGACAACACCUGUCUCAUUGAAAGCAGUUUAAACUCAAGUUGAAUUGACCUGAUGAGACCAAAUCAUGACCUUUUUUAGGACACAUUUAGAAACGGCUGUUUAAACAAAACAAAAAAAAGAGAAGUGAUUGCAAGAAAAUGUUGACAUAAAUUUUUUCAUCAAAAAUUUACAUCAAGCUCAACUGUCUUGUGGUUUAGAUGAGGCCACAUCCUGCUGAUUAAUAUUUUUUUUUUAGUGCCUUGUUUUUGAUCUUGUCUGUUGUUUUUAGACUACAUCACAUUUUCUAAUAGAGGCUACUAUCAACACUGUAGUUGUGAUGUUUCUGAAGGUAUGUCUUUUGAGGAAACUCAUUGAGCAGUUUUAGCACUGACUAAGGUGAUAUCUCAUUUUGGUAAAUUAUUUUCACUUUUUAGCCAGCAUGCCGUAAUGAAUAAUUUGAAAAGCGCUUACCCUGAAAUGAAUGGUCAGUAUCUAUGUUUAAUGUUUAAAGUUAACUGUUAUUAUGAGAAAAGUUACUGUAUGAAGAUUAUGAAUGCAGGAAAUUUGAGAACAUAAUGUACGACAAACACUCUAGAUUGAAUGUUACAAUAAGGUUUUGAAAGGGAUAAUAACAGUUUUUGGACCACUAGGGAAACUGGUCGAUCAUUCGUGAGCUCGCUAAAAAGUGAAAAUGCUUUAACAUCAUGUCAUAUUGCUUCGAAGGUUGUAAAUAGAUUUCUUAAUCUAUUUAAUUCACUCUGUGCAAAUGUGUGUUUAAUUUAAUUACCAUUGAUGUAUAAUAUUUUAACUGUAUUUAUGUGUUCUGCAUUCUGUGUAAAUUGUUCUUGAGGGAUGACAUGCACACACUCCGCGUUAUACAUUUGAUGGGCCUCAACUUUUUAUGUGUAUGCAAGUUCCUUUCAUUGACCUGUGAACCACUUUUGUCAUGAAGAAUAAAAACACAGCCAACACUGUA